CAAUGCCAUGGUUAGUUAGACUGAUGAGGUGGUAGUAGUAACGGUGGUGGUUGGAUCAGAACUUUGGGACGGAACCACAGACCAAGUGUGUGCCAGUGCUAAAAGAUGCUGAUGGAAUGGUCGGUAGUGUGUUUUUUAUUGAAUUCUUCGAGGGAUCCACUUCCUGCGACCUGUUUCAAUCUCUGUGGGUGUAUGUUGUGGCUUUGAUAUUCCUGGAGCCUAGAGUAUCUCCUGAUUGCAUCUAAUCUGUGGUGAUUCUUUCAUCACAACUUGCUGUGGAUCAUCAAGACCACAGGUUAAAGACCAUUUAGACCAAGAUCUUGGGUUCAGUUGACCUGGCCUAUCUUCUAGCAAUUGUUUUUUACAUUUUCUAGAAACCUCGCCUUUGUUUCUGAAGUGGCAAGAUGGAAACAAUGAGCUAUGCGCCAUUCUUGACAUGUUUCAAUGCUUUCCAUCUACCCUACUUAUCUCCUCCAACAGGUGACAUGGGUUACGCCAUGGGCAGACGAUCAGAAUCACCAAAGGAGUUACCAUCACGCAUUAACCGACAGCGACGUAGUGUAGAGAGACGGGAAGGUCCACUCGUCAUGAAGUGUGAUGGUGACCACAAUCAUAAGGCUACGAGUACAGCAACAACGUCGACAAGGUGUGCCAGCACGCAGACGUUAAUCACCAGUGAGAUGGUAGGAAUCCCUGAGAUCAAUCCAGACCUUCCAAUACCAAGUAGCUCUAGCCUCAUAUCACAGGACAACCUACUCAAGAGACCCUCUGCCAUCCCACCACCACCACCACACCCCUCUCACAGACACAGGAAUAUGCCCCCGCAGCUUCUACGCCCAUCAGUCAUCACCUGCGCCCCUGCACCACUCCUGAGAGAACCCAAUAGGACCGAUCCAGGACCAGUAGCCAUGGGGCCAGGAGCGGGGGCAGGGCUUGGUCCAGUCCCGUACCUCAAUGGAAGGGCUAGUAGCACAGAGAGGUGGUCGUCGAGGAUGCCUCAGAAUCACUUACCAUCGCAACCACAAAAUGCAGAUAUAGAUCCUGAUAUUGAAGAGCAUUUUAGGAGAAGCUUGGGCCAAAAUUACCGUGAAACCUACUCCAGUCCCCCACCCAUGGCCACCAGUCCACCCAAAGCUACUUCACCUACCCUCAGACAGUCCUCAUCAUCACCUAAAGAGGUCAACAUUACAGGGUCUGUUGAUGAUCACUUUGCCAAGGCUCUUGGAGACAAGUGGUCCCAGAUCAAAGAUGUUAUUGAGCCGGUGUCAGACAGGACAUCACCCUCGGUGUCCCCUUCCCUAGCAAUGUCUUCAUCUCCCGUUGUACAACAUCAGCAAGCUUCAGUGGCAUCGUGAACCUUACUAAGAGAGAAUGCCAUGAAGAAAUAUACACAUUACUGAUAUGUUGGUUUAGACUGGGACAAUCAUCUCUAUUGUGCAAAGGAGAUGUGGACAGUGUUCUGAAAUGUUACAAACCCCUUGGAUCUUACAUGUGCACAUGGAAAAACUUUAUAUUCAUCAUGUGUUUUUUAACCAGUCAUUUUGAGCUACAGACUUUCUAACCCUUUGAAGUCUAUUCAUCUCUCAUCUGUGUUUGCCAGUCAUUCUUGCUUCUGGAAAGUCUGCAUAUUUGAUAGAACAUUCAUCGAAAAAGUUUGAGUUAAAAACUAGUUAGGUGACAUGAUCAUUAAAAAGUCCAAAUCAAGUAAGUUUAAUUGAUUACAGCUGUAGGGAUAUUAGACAAAGGCCUAGAUGUAAGGAUGAAAAUAAACUCUUCUAUUUUUUUUUUAAUUAAAAAAAAAAUGAUUUGAAAUUAAAAUUUCUGAAUGCCUGAUACUUGCAAUAUAUUAUCUAUUAUUAUGAUAUCAAAGUUUGCUAAGAUUUAUCAUGGGGAACUUAUUAGGCCAGUGAUGGGGUAGGUGACUGAAAUAUGAUGUGCUCUGUUGAAAGUUAUAUCUUUACUUGUACAAUGUAUGAUAUGUGCUUGGUCUUUUUUUUGUAGUUAUCUUUAAUGUAAUGAAUAGAGUUUUAUUCAAAUUGGAGAAAGAUAUUGUUGUACUUGUACAUGUGGCUAUAGAUGAAUUGUGUAUGCUGAUGUGAGCCUCAGACAAUAGGCUUCAUCUCUUCGUACCCUGUAUAGACCCUCUUCUGUGCUGAUAAGAUUUGAGAAAGGGCCCCCAUAGUAAAUAGAUUGGCAGGCAUUACACUAUACCAACGGAGAGGGGGCGAAUGGGAGAGAAAUUUAGCAGUAAUAAUACAGAGAGGGAGAGAAAGAAAGAGAGGGAGAGAGAGAGAGAAAUGGCGAAGGGGAGGGUUGUGAUUAAUAAGGGUGUUUCAAGAAGAGGAUUAGAUGGGGUGGGAUCAGUAUGAGAGAGAAAGAAACAAAUGGAAAGGAAAAAAAUUAUGGUUUAUAUUGUCCUCCCAAAAAUACUAGGGGGGAGAUCUUAUCUUUUUAAUGACUGAUAGUCCACACCAUGUUCAAAUCCCCUGCUAUCCAGGUGACAGAUCACGUUCUUCCAUUUCUUUCAUUAUUUUGCUGAUUAUGACAUGGGCUGCUGCUUUCACUGACUUACAGCUCAUCGGUUUAUUUCAACACACCAAAAGCAAUUCUUCAUUCCCCCAUCUCUAACACCCAACAUGGUUCAGGGGAGAGGGGGCAAGCCCCUGCAAGCAUCCACACUUCAGUGUUAGUGGGGGAUGCUCUAAAUGUGGGGAUUGCUAAAAAUGGAGAGAGAAAGGAGAUAAUGAUGGGAGAGAGAGGAAGGGAGAGAAAGGAGGGAGGGAGGGAUUUGGGGAAGAAAUCUGAAGAAUGAAGGAAGGAGAAAGGAAGAAGAGCAGGUGCAUGGCUAUGAUAAUUUGGCAUGUAGCCAGGUAGGCUAGAAUUAGCUUUUGUGUUCAAGUUUAAGUGCACAGACUUCAUAAUCUAAUUUGCAUCUUGUAAUUGAUUGGUUACAAAUGCCCCCCAUGGAGCCUUGUAUUGUUGGAUUGAAGACAAUAGCUGGACACCCAUGUGAGUGAGGAAGGGGGGGGUAAGGAAAUCAAGGUGAUUUGUAAUGACUGUAGAUUCUGUACUCGGUCUACCCAUCUUUUGCUAUCUAUCUAAAGAUUUCCAGUUGGUUUUUCAUACUUCUAUGAUCUAACGAUAGUCUCCCCUCAUACAUCCUUUUCUGCCUAUGCCUGCUAUACACCCAGCCACCUGUAUAGUUAAUUGCAAGACCACAUGCUGUAUACCCUCAAUAUUCAUAUGUAAUUGUAUAUGUGAUGUUUAUAUUCACUUAAUGUUUUUUGCAGCAAUAAUAAGAACAAGUUGGUUCUUUGCCAUUCCCAACUUCUUGUACUCUAUAUUCAAAUUACAGGAGAUGAAUAUAUUAUAUAUGCUUUCCGUCAUCAUUUUACAUGGAAAAUGUACAUUAAGUGUCAUGACAAGCUAAGCUUCUGGAAUAUCUGUAAAUAUUGUACAAUAUAAACUGAAUUAUAUGAGAACUGAGCUAGUGGUGAGUUGCUUGUCUUGAAUGUUGAGAUACAUGUAGGAUUGUGACAUUAAUUUGGAGAAAUAUCAAGUGUUUGUAUUGUAUGUGAAUGUAUAGCUGUGCUUCUCCACACAUGCAAUGUAAAAGUCAUGCAACAAGUUAAAAACAUGUGGAAGUACAUGUAUGAGUAAGAUCUUGUUCAGGUGUGGAGAUAUUGUUUACUGUGACAGGAAAUAAUGAACCCUGUUGUUACUGUGAAAUAAAAUAUGGACAUUUUAUAUCAUA